AUGGACGAGCAAAAGCAAGCAAUAGAUCCAAAAUGCGAUUCGUCAACGCAUUCUUCGUUAUGGUGCUACUGUGCUUAUUCUCGAUGGGACAUGGUUUUAGCAAGGGUUGCCUUAGAUACUGCGAACCUAUACGAAGAGGCAAGACUGAUUGUCUACAUUGGUGCACAAAAGCAGAAGAGCAGAGAGAUAGAGGAAACUGAGACAGAAGCAGAAACCGAUGAAUAGAAAGUCAGUAUUUGUGCGCGUAAAGAUGAUUGCGACAAUGAUGAUAAGAUGCGCAUAAAGUAUUGAAACGAAA